UUUAGACAUGCUGUCUUGGCUAAUUUGAGGGGUCCUGGAGAGCUAGUCUUUGAGCAUGACUUCCCACCUGGUUCUGACAUAGUUGGUGACACACUUCAAGGUCUGAAGGCAGAUGAAAAGGUGGAAUUGGGCUAUUCAGCCGCCUUAGCGCUCAGACGCAAUUGUUCCUGGUGGCAGGUGAACAUUAGAGUUUAUAUCGAGAGAAAAUGA